UUGACCAGGAAUCAAACCGGCAACCUCUUGGUGCAUGGGUCGAUGCUCAAAGAACCACUGAGCCACACUGGCUGGACUGUUUUAUCUUUUUAAAGGAUGAUACCUGUAGUUUGAGACACGAGCAGUGACAGAAAAGAUGGGAGAAGACUUGUUCUGAAUAUCGUUCUUUUGACUGGGCUUCCUUGGUGUGCUUUCCUGCUUUCUAGCACUUUGAGCCAACUUUAGGAGCGGAUGGGUAGAUGUCACAUUGAUUCUCAUUGUGCAGUAUUUAAGCUUAUGCCAGGCAGAAAGCCAAAUAGAAUUUUUUUCUUGUCUCUUUCCUUUGCAGUGGUGAGUGAGAGUGUUCUUUUGAGAGUUUUUGAUGCCCAUGAUAAUCUUAUUAGCUUUCAAAGAUUGAAUUUCUGUGCUAAUGGCAUCUGGGGUAACACACGAGGUAUGUUUUGCAUACUUUUUAACCUUGGUUAGCAGCUACUAUAGAAUCACUUUUCUCAGAAACCUUUGUAUACAAGCAAAUAGGAGGGGUGAGGAACCUUUUUUCUUCCAAGGGACAUUUGGAUAUUUGUAACAUCAUUCUCAGGCCAUAUAAAAUUAUAAACUUAAAAAUUAGCCUGCUAUAUUUGGUCAGGCUAAUUUUAUGAGGCGUGUGAUGUUAGCUGGUAUUGAUUUUGGGGACCUUAUUCUGCCUGAGGGCUGGAUGUUCCCCACUCCUAAAAUAGAGUAAUACAAUUUUUCUAGAUAUGGCAUAAGAGUAUUUCAGUGGGACUCUGGUUUGCUAGGUUUGAUAUCAAGAAGGCCAUGAACCUGAGUACAUGAGGCCCAUAUGAUAUACCUCCUUGUAUAUGUAAAAUGUGGCUCUUGGAAGAGGUGGCAAAAAGUUUAAUUAAAAAAGAAUAGUUCCCCUCACCCCCAAUACCGAUUUUGUAAAAGGUUAUGCUUUGGAGAGGGGUGUUUUAGAGCCAAUUAGGCUAAAACAUUACAGAUUCAAUCAGGGCUUGAGAAAAUGGUCAUCUAGUUGCCUGAUUUUAAGGGACAAAGCACCGUGUUAUCCACCUGAAGUCUCAGUGUUUUGUUUUUUUAAAGAUAAAUUAUUAGUCUCUCCUGUUUUUCAAAACAUGUUCGUUGAGUGCUUCUGAGCAAAGGUCAUUAUGAUUAGAGUUCUUAAAGGUGGAAAUUUAAACAGUUUUAUAUAUCUUGAAUUUUGAAGAAUUACUAGUAUUCCUGAGAAACUAAAAGUGAUAUUAAUAGUCUACUUGUUUUUUUUACUCUCUUGAAUUUGGUCUAAAAUAUUUGAGCACCAGUCCAUACAGGAUGAUAUAGAAAAUACAGACAUAAAGGUGGCCUCUUUCCAGACAGUUUAUGUUCUAUAUUUAUGAAGUAUUAACAGUUGCAGAUAGGACUUUCAGCUCCUACUUUAUUUCUGGCAUUAUGUUGACUACGUGCUUUAUGUCAAUUCUUUUAUUUAAUUCUCAGAAUAACCCCAUACGUUAGGUCUCUUAUCCCCCUUUGUGCACAAGAGGAAAAAGAGUGACAGAGAAAAAACUAGGCCAAGGUUGAGGUACAUUCUGGUUGGAACCCAAGGACUGGACACCAGAGCCUGUGCUCUUUAAUCGUGCAUUCUAAAAUGAGCAGAGAACAGUGCCACAGGCAAAACUGUAGUACUGGUUACAGGACGAAGACGAAAGAUGAAAACAGAGAUGGGAUCUUUAGUAAGAAAUUGCAUCGAGGUUGAAGUAUGCAUUGCACACCCAGACACAAAUGCAGGAAUGGAAUUUGCUUGAGACCAUGAGUGUUCAGACUGAGUGAUGGCUUCCUGUGGCAUCUGAAGAAGCCUCCCUCAGGGCAUUGGAAAGUCUGAUGACAGAGUUUUUUCAUAACUCUACAACCAAUGAAAGAAAACGUGAGAUAGUUGAUCCAGUCCCCUGUGACAACCCCCCUCGGGCUAAUCAUGUUGAAGACAACUUCAGAAGAGCUGGCUUGUCCCCGGGAAGACCUCAGUGUGGCUCGGAAAGAGGAGUUGCGGAAGCUGCUGCUGGACCAGGUGCAGACAGUGCUUAGUCUACUGACAGGUAUCUUGGAGACUGUCUGGGACAAGCACAGCGUUACUGCUGCCACCCCACCACCAUCCCCAACCUCAGGAGAAAGUGGUGACUUACUGAGUAACCUGUUGCAGAGUCCCAGUUCAGCCAAACUGUUAAAUCAGCCAAUACCCAUCCUUGAUGCGGAGAGUGAGUAUAUCUGUUCUCUGGCCUUGGAGUGCCUGGCCCAUCUCUUCAGUUGGAUUCCUCUGUCUGCCAGCAUCACCCCGUCCCUCCUUACCACCAUCUUCCACUUUGCACGCUUUGGCUGUGACAUCCGGGCCAGAAAGAUGGCAUCAGUUAACGGCAGCAGCCAGAACUGUGUGUUGGGUCAGGAACGCGGCCGGCUUGGGGUCCUGGCCAUGUCCUGCAUCAAUGAACUAAUGUCCAAGAACUGUGUGCCUAUGGAAUUUGAGGAGUAUUUACUGCGUAUGUUCCAGCAGACUUUCUACCUCCUGCAGAAAAUCACCAAGGAUAACAAUGCCCACACGGUGAAGAGCAGGCUAGAAGAACUCGAUGAGAGGUCUGAGGUGGUGCAGGAACCGAGAUUGCCGCUCAUGCAUAGCCAAGGACAGGAGAGGAGGUCCGUGGAGCUGAGAGGUGCCUGGAAGCAGAAAGGUGGUAAUGGAAUGAAGGGUUGCCUGACCUGUAGCUACGUCGAGAAGUUCACUGACUUUCUGCGGCUCUUUGUGAGUGUUCACCUGAGAAGAAUCGAGUCCUACUCCCAGUUCCCUGUGGUGGAGUUUCUGACACUGUUGUUUAAGUACACAUUUCAUCAGCCCACUCAUGAAGGUUACUUCUCUUGUUUGGAUAUCUGGACGCUCUUUUUGGACUAUCUGACAAGUAAAAUUAAAAGUCGUCUGGGAGACAAAGAAGCAGUUCUCAACAGGUACGAAGAUGCCCUAGUCCUCUUGCUCACGGAGGUGUUGAAUCGAAUCCAGUUCAGAUACAACCAGGCCCAGUUGGAGGAGCUGGAUGACGAGACUCUGGAUGACGACCAGCAGACAGAGUGGCAGCGGUACUUACGCCAGAGCUUGGAAGUCGUGGCCAAAGUGAUGGAGCUCCUUCCCACACACGCCUUCUCAACACUGUUCCCAGUUCUACAGGACAAUUUAGACGUUUAUCUGGGGUUACAGCAGUUUGUAGUUACUUCAGGGUCAGGACACAGGUUGAACAUCACAGCAGAGAAUGACUGCCGGCGACUGCACUGUUCCCUGAGAGACCUGAGCUCCCUGCUGCAGGCCGUGGGCCGGUUAGCCGAGUACUUUAUUGGAGAUGUGUUUGCUGCGAGGUUCAGUGAUGCCCUCACAGUUGUGGAGAGGUUGGUCAAAGUCACUCUGUAUGGGUCUCAGAUAAAACUGUACAACAUUGAAACUGCUGUGCCAUCAGUAUUGAAACCUGAUCUCAUUGAUGUGCAUGCUCAGUCCCUGGCUGCUCUGCAAGCUUACUCUCACUGGUUAGCACAGUAUUGCAACGAAGCUCAUCGGCAGAACACACAGCAGUUUGUCACGCUCAUCUCCACUACCAUGGAUGCAGUCACACCUCUAAUCAGCACCAAGGUCCAAGACAAGCUGCUGCUAUCUGCGUGCCACCUACUGGUUUCACUGGCCACCACCGUGAGGCCCGUCUUUCUGAUCAGCAUCCCUGCAGUGCAGAAAGUGUUCAACAGAAUCACCGAUGCCUCUGCCCAGCGACUUGUUGACAAGGCUCAGGUGUUGGUGUGCCGAGCCCUUUCUAAUAUCCUGCUGCUUCCAUGGCCAAACCUCCCGGAGAAUGAGCAGCAGUGGCCUGUGCGCUCCAUCAACCACGCCAGCCUCAUCUCUGCACUCUCCCGGGACUAUCGCAACCUGAAGCCCAGUGCUGUUGCCCCACAGAGGAAGAUGCCCCUGGACGAUACCAAAGUGAUUAUCCACCAGACACUUAGUGUCUUAGAAGACAUCGUGGAGAAUAUCUCUGGGGAAUCCACCAAGUCCCGGCAGAUCUGCUACCAUUCACUGCAGGAAUCCGUUCAGGUCUCCCUGGCCCUCUUUCCAGCUUUUAUUCAUCAAUCAGAUGUAACUGAUGAGAUGCUGAGCUUUUUCCUCACUUUGUUUCGAGGCCUUAGAGUACAGAUGGGUGUGCCUUUUACUGAACAGAUCAUACAGACUUUCCUCAAUAUGUUUACCAGAGAACAAUUAGCCGAGAGCAUCCUUCAUGAAGGCAGCACUGGCUGCCGGGUGGUUGAGAAGUUCCUGAAGAUCCUGCAAGUGGUGGUACAGGAGCCAGGCCAGGUGUUCAAGCCCUUCCUCCCUAGCAUCAUCUCCCUGUGCAUGGAGCAGGUGUAUCCCAUUGUGGCCGAGCGCCCUUCCCCUGAUGUGAAGGCUGAGCUGUUUGAGCUCCUUUUCCGGACACUCCAUCACAACUGGAGAUACUUCUUCAAGUCCACUGUCCUGGCCAGUGUCCAGAGGGGGGUUGCCGAAGAGCAGAUGGAGAAUGAGCCUCAGUUCAGUGCCAUCAUGCAGGCUUUUGGACAGUCCUUUCUCCAGCCUGACAUCCACCUAUUUAAACAAAAUCUCUUCUACUUGGAGACACUCAACACCAAGCAGAAGCUGUACCACAAGAAGAUCUUCCGGACCACCAUGCUGUUUCAGUUUGUGAACGUGCUGCUGCAGGUCCUGGUGCACAAGUCCCACGACCUCCUGCAGGAGGAGAUCGGCAUCGCCAUUUACAACAUGGCCUCUGUGGACUUUGAUGGCUUCUUUGCAGCCUUCCUCCCUGAGUUCCUGACCAGCUGUGAUGGUGUGGAUACCAACCAGAAAAAUGUCCUGGGGCGGAAUUUCAAGAUGGAUCGGGUGAGGAGAGAGGCCAGGCUACAGGGAAGGCAGGUGUGGGCUCUCACACCCAGUGCCUGUUCAGGGAGGGGGGCAGGCUGCCUUCAUGUGUGGUUUGUACCCCUGUGGUUCCGAGGCAGCUCGUGCCAUUCCUGGAUGACUUGGUGCUGUGCCUGGAUUGAGGGGUACGUGCUCUCCCCAGUCCUGCUGCUUUGUCUCAGCUCCUUGGUACUUACUGCACCCCAGUGAGCACCCCUCUGACCAGCCGCUGUUGUCUCAUGGGUCGUGAGCCAUUGCAGCCCGAACUUGCAGACUUGCAGAGAGGCUGAGGAGACCAGUGUUCUGCUGCUGCUUCUCUGGGUCCCCAGGCUUAAAGGUCCUCGGCUCUUCCCAGACCUCCCUGCCUGGCUGCAUGGCCUGAACUGCUCUCAGGUCCUGGGAGGAGCCCUCACGGUGCUCACCCUCUUGUCGCCUGCCUGGGGAAGGGCUGGUGGGCUGGCCCACCAGGUGCCCAGCUUUUCUCGUCCUGGGCCCUUCUUUCUGGGCACUUGCCUUCCCUCCUCCUUCCUGUUUCAGCUGCUAAGCCUCUGCUGCUUGCUCGAUCAACUCUCCCUGGAACUCUUCCUGCGGAACCAGUACUUUUCGUCUUUGACCACCUCCCCCUUGUUGCAAGGGGAUCUUUUAUCCACCUCCUCUUGGUGUCCCAGCUUGGCUCGUGCUUGCCGCCUGUCCAGGGUUUCCCUUCGUCCUCAGGCGUACACGUUGCUCUCGCUGGAGCAGCUCUGCGUCCCCCUUGCUUGUCUGGCUGCGACGUGUGUCCGGGCGGUUUCUCAGACUCGGCUCCGCUCUCCCCUGUCCAGGAGCCUGCCUUCCCCGGCACUGCUGCUCUCUCUCGAGCUUCUUAAACUUCACUUCAGCCACUGGGUACUUUUUUUUUUUCCUUUUCUCGAGUUCAAAUCCUAAUAUUUAAUGAUCAGUUUCUACUGAUAUCAUUAUUAGUCAACUUCUUGAUUUAAAGCAGUGGUUUCCAAAUUUAGUCAUGCAUCGAAGCUCCUGGGUGCUUAUUAAAAAUAUAGAAAUGUAUUCAUGUGUUCUACCAGGAGAUUCAGGUUUGCAUUUGGGAGCCACUGAUUCAAAAGACACCCUUUGGUAAGUUUUUCUGAGGAAGAAAUAAAGUAAUCAGUGCCGUCACUCCCUCCCUCCCUCGCUCCUGUCCGUCUGGAGCUGGCUGCCUCGCAGGCCCUGGGCCAGCUGUUGGGCGCCUCUCUGCCUUCAGAGGGUCUCGUCGGGAAGACUGGCGGCAGCGCUGCUGUGGACUGCAUGGGCUCUCUGACGUGUAGGGUCUGUUGUCAACCCGUUUCCCAGGUGAACCCAGGCUCAGGAAGGUCAGCAGUCAGGUGGCAAGUGUGGAACUUGGGACCGGCAGAGCCAGGGAGAGGAGUCAGACCUGGGCGCUCUGGCUGCGGCCUGUGCGCAUGCCCACAAGCAGGGGGAGCGGGGCCCUUGGCGAGCUGGGAGCGGACAUGCUGCCCUGCAGCCAGGCCGUUGGAGGUGUCAGGCCUUUUUGGCAGAGGCGGCCUCGUGCUGUCCUUUGAAGAGGAGGGGAGGCCAGGGGACGGUGGUGGAGUGGAGGAGAGCUGAAGUGCCUCACUGUGCUCUGAGCCUCACCUCACCCGGGGCUGCAGCAGGGACCCGCCUGGCGCCCCUGGCCAGGCGGGAGCCACCCUCUGACAGGGAACCACCGUUGCUCCGCCUGUUGCUGUUAGUCUGGCAUCGCUGAUCACGAUCUCCAGGUGAGGGUGCGGGCCUCGGCCGUCUCGUGGUGCUCGUGCUGGUGUUGGGGCCAGCAGGAGGUGGUCAGCAGGUGAGGGGGCAGGCACAUGCUGGCUCCUGCCAGUGUGUCGCUCCUGAGUGUCCCUGGCCUGGCCAUGGUGAAGGAGAGAUGCAUGGCAGCCAGACCAGUGUCCCCUUCCCCACCUGCCUUGUCACUGCGGCAGGUUUCUUGAGCUCUCUGUGCUUCACCACCUUCAUCCUUAAAACGGUGCUGCUAACAGAACCUGCGCCCCAGGCUUGUGGUGAGGGUGACGGCAGGAGUGUCUGCCUACCUGGCUGGAGUCUGGCCCAGGGUGUGUGCGAGGGAGCCCUCCCCGCCGUUCUUUCCCCCACGGUACCUUUGCUCACACGUGGCGCGGGAAGGAGUGGACGUGGUGCGUCGUGUACUAUGUUUGCAGAGCUCUGGAGCACACCCUGGGGUGGAAGUGCUGGUGGGGCGGGCGGGUGACU